UGUAAACAUUGAAUUUAGCUCGCUAGUUAUAUAAACCUCGCUACACACGUCACACUUUAAUAACCUUAGUUUGUGUGUCACUUUUGACACUGGUGAAAACGUCAGACGGGCAGAUAGACGAUGUUUAGAAGUCGGCAAGAUAGGACUUGUGCGGUAUGCUGUAGCUUUGUGCAGAAAAUAAAAUAUAAUGUCUUACAACCUCAGAAGUGGGAUAUCGAACGAGAAAACAAUGGAGCCAUCUAUUUCGAAGGAUAAAAUGAUGGGUGUUCUUAAAGAAGUUGGCGAAACCGUGCCUGAAUCAGUUUCCAUCUCCCAAGUCAGGCGGCUAUUUGAUGCAACACACACCGAAAGCAAAAUGGCGACUAUCCAGACCACGCCAUCUUCUCUGGAAUUUGAAACAUGUGCCGAAGCAGCGUCAGGCAAUACAGAAGCUUCGGCGAGUACAAUUGAGACAUUGACUGCAAAAUUAAAACAAUUGAAGCUGGAAAAAGAAGUUUCGCUUCUUAAACAAGAAAUGGCCAACAUGAAGCAAAUACAACAACCACUGCCGUUGGACACAAUCAAAUGCAUCGAAGGGCUAGUUGAUAGUUUUAGUGGCGAAAAGAAUGAGAAUGCCGAAUGUUGGAUUAAGCAACUUGAACAAACUUUUCAAUUGUUCAAUGUUAAUGAACUAGAAAAAAUUAUUAUCACGCGCCGACUUUUGAAUGGUACCGCUGCAAUGCUGACAAAAUAUAUAGUGUUUACAAGCUACGACGAGUUAAAACAACAAAUUCUGGAAAAUUUCUCAACUAAACCUUCACCGGAGAGUGUAUAUCAUCAGCUUCGCCGUAGACAGCUUCUUCCUCAAGAAAGCACCAUAAGAUAUGUGCUAGAAAUGGAAAAUAUUGCUAAAAACGCCACAAUAUCAGAACAAGAACUAGUUUCAAUAAUAAUCGAUGGAAUUGGAGAUCCUGUGAAUGCUGCUGCGAUUCGUUUUUCUGCAAACUCUUUGACCGAACUUAAGACAGCCCUGCAAAAAUACGAAUCGAUACGUUUACAACCGGUGUCAGUUUCAUUCAAACCAAGGAUAAUGACCAGACCUGACAAUGUUGGAGGUAUAAAAUGCUACAAUUGUUCGAACUACGGGCAUCAUCAACGGGACUGCCAGCAACCACGACGGCGAAAUGGGUCUUGCUUCCUAUGUGGAAAUAUGGGACACGUUGCUCGAGAUUGCACUCAUCGUACUCAAUCGACGUCGGCUGCCAUCUACCAUAGUGAAGCAAAUCAAAACAAUGUUAUCCACGAACCGAACUAUAAUGAAAGCGCAGUUCAGAUAGAAGCUAUUCAGGAGCCCUAGGAGUUUUGUCAGCGAAGAGCUUGUCCCGACUCUUGCCCAAUAUCCGUGUUUUUCUGGAUUCCGCGGAUUAGGAAAUCAACCUUUGACAUCGCUAGGGUAUGCAGAAGGAAGAAUUCGUUUUCGUGACACUUAUGUUAACCAUUCAUUUAUCAUCAUUCCAAAGAAACAAAUGGCAUGGUCUAUUAUCAUUGGACGGGAUUUGUUAAAAAAAUUUAAUAUUCAUUUGCAUUACAUACGUUACCGUUAUUCCAAACAAAGUUUAAUGAAUUACAAAACCAUAAAUAAAAACGAACUUCAACCACACAUGAGAGCGCGUCUUGAACAUUUAGAGAUUUUGCGGGGUUUUUGUAAGAAUGGGGAGGAUAUUCAUUCGCAGUCCAUUGGUUCGGUUGAUGAUAAUAAUAAUGCUGUCUCUGAAAAUAUAACCACGACAUUUAGCGAGUUAUGUGCGAUCGACAUUAGUUCCGAGGAGGCAAAAAUAGAUGUAGGCUCCAAUUUAAACCACGAACAGUCACAGGAAAUAAUUUCUGGGGUAUUUAAUCAUUACAGGGUUUCCCACGAUAUAUUGGUUGGUUCCCAUCAAUUUUUGGUGGAUUCCCAUAUUUUUUUGGUGCGUUCCCACGAUUUUUUGGUCGUUUCCCAGAAUUUUUUGGUCUAAUUGUAUUGAUAUCCAAUCGGAAAAUACCAAUAAAUUAUAGGAUCGAACCAAAAAUCUAUGGGAUACAACCAAAAAAUCGUGGGAACGCACCAAAAAAUCAUGGGAACUGACCAAUAAAUCGUGGGAAACCCUGUA